UGUUUCUCCCUUACAUUACCCAAUCCCGCAACUCGCAGCAGCAGCAGCAGCUGAGAAAAAACCAACAAACCUCCCACGCUACCACCACUCUUUCCCAUGGCGACCAACUCUCUAAAACUAUAACCCUAACCUCUCUCUCUCUCUCUCUCUCUCUCUCUCUCUCACUGAUUGCUAACUCCAACUCCAAGAAAUGGCGUCGCUGCUUCACACAGCGCCCCGGUCCUCUCUCGCUUCUCGCGACUCUCUACGCCAUCGCACUUACCUCCCCAACUACUCGCGCUCUCAAAUCCCCAUCCUGAAUUCCGUGAGGUGUGGUGUGGGAGAGCCUCUCAAGUACGCAAAUGGAAAGCCGUGCGUUCCACUCCUCAGGAGUGAAGAUUUGGUGCCGAAUUUUUCGGACACGAAAACACAUUUGGUGAAUGAAAUUAGCAAGAAUGAUACCAGGCUCAGAAUCUUUUCCGGCACUGCGAACCCUGCGCUGUCUCAGGAAAUUGCUUGCUGCAUGGGCCUGGAACUUGGAAGGAUUAAGAUCAAACGCUUUGCUGAUGGAGAGAUAUAUGUUCAGUUGCAAGAGAGUGUAAGAGGGUGUGAUGUAUAUCUUGUGCAACCCACAUGUCCUCCUGCAAAUGAAAAUCUUAUGGAGCUUCUUGUCAUGAUUGAUGCUUGUCGGAGGGCUUCAGCCAAGAAUAUCACUGCUGUGAUUCCAUAUUUUGGCUAUGCCAGGGCUGAUAGAAAGACUCAAGGGCGUGAAUCUAUUGCAGCCAAACUUGUUGCAAAUUUGAUUACAGAAGCAGGUGCAAAUCGUGUUCUUGCAUGUGAUCUUCAUUCUGGGCAGUCUAUGGGAUAUUUUGAUAUUCCUGUGGAUCAUGUAUAUGGUCAGCCUGUGAUACUUGAUUAUCUCGCCAGCAAGACUAUAUACUCUGAUGAUUUGGUAGUGGUCUCACCCGAUGUUGGGGGUGUUGCUAGGGCUCGUGCUUUCGCGAAAAAAUUAUCUGAUGCUCCUUUAGCCAUUGUUGAUAAAAGACGUCACGGGCACAAUGUGGCGGAGGUGAUGAAUUUGAUAGGUGAUGUCAAGGGAAAAGUAGCAGUUAUGGUGGAUGACAUGAUUGACACAGCUGGGACUAUUACGAAAGGUGCCGCUUUACUACACCAAGAGGGUGCCAGGGAAGUCUAUGCAUGUUGUACACAUGCGGUUUUUAGCCCUCCUGCUAUAGAGAGGCUGUCGAGCGGUUUGUUUCAAGAGGUGAUCAUAACAAAUACCAUUCCAGUGUCGGAGCAGAAUUAUUUUCCCCAGCUAACUGUCUUGUCAGUAGCGAAUCUUCUGGGCGAGACCAUAUGGCGUGUUCAUGAUGACUGCUCUGGUGGCUAUGAACCCUAUUCCACCUUGGGCAUUGAUUGAUCGAAUUCAUGGCGGUGUGCCCUCCCAGCUUCUGUUACUGCCGUAUAGCUAGCUACCUUGUCGGAAACAGGAUUGUCGAUAGAAAAGUAAAGGUUUUCUAGAGAGAGAUGCAUGCUCCAGAGAUUGUUGUUUCGGAACUUUAUACGACUGAAGGUUGAUGGUUUUGUGAUAGAGAAUCAGCAUUGUUGUUGUUGUAUGAUAUCACUGUUUGACGCUGUAAGUUGCCAUUUUGUUGAGUAAUCAGUCAUAUUCCGCUUACCUUACA